AUGGUUUGCGACGGUCCAGAGCCCCCAGAAAAUUCUCCAAACAAUUUAUCUCCACCUCCUAGGCAUGAUCUCAAUAAUGGUAACAAUCACGAGGAAAGUGAUGAUGAACAAAGCGAAUAUUUUGGUUACCAACCACUUCCACAAGGACCAUAUGAAGCGAUUAUGGAUUUUUCUGACAGUGAUGACGAUGAUCAGAAUGAUGAAGUGAAUCAAGCACCUAUACAAAAUGUACCUCCAAUAGAACCAAUAGAAACAUCACUUGUUAGAGAAGUGUGGAACACACCUAGACCAUCAGAUUCUAUAGAAAUGGACAAUGAAAGAGCCCAACAGGUUAUGACGGCAAUGGCAAACUUUGCAUUACCACAGGCUUCAAUUCCAGAAUGGGCGCAAAGCAUAUCAGAGGAACAGUGGAAGGAAACUCUCAAUGUUAGAUUGGAGAGAUUAAGAAACAAUAGAUAA